UAAAUUGAUAAUUGGAAGUAUAUAUAUAUAGAUAGCACACAGUUUUUAAGUAAACUCUAAAUAAGGAAAUAGUUUUUAUAGAAGUAUUAUUCAAUUUCAUUAAAACGCAUAAAUAAAAUGAGCUGCAAACUUAGUUGUUUAUUAUGCUGCUUCAAUUUAUGCGUUUCUUGUGGUUUUAGGAAGUGCUUGAUAAAUAACCAUGCGUUUUUUCCUCCGAAAUGCAGCUAUGAUUUUCUCCCUAUUAAUGAUUCGCAAAAUAGUGCAAACAAGUUUAAAUAGUUUUAGUUCGUUUUUAAAGAUAACAAUGAAUAAGAAGGUUAAGCAAUUUAAAAUAUAGACGAAAUUAAUGUGUGUUGUUAUAAGAUACCAGCUGAAUUGUAACAGUUAAGCUUCAAUUAGGCGACAUAUUAAUCAGAAAAAGCUUAAUUUCUACCAGUUGUCCACCUGAGAUAUUUAAAUAAAGCUGCUCAUAGAAAUUUCGUAGUUAUACAUUCUCAUGGAAAUUCAACUGAUAUGGGACAUAUGAUGGAUAUUUAUCUAGAUUUAGUUUAAAAUCUUAGGGUGGAUUUGAUUGCAUAUGAUUAUAGCGGAUAUGGUUUGGCUUCUAAUCAGAAAAUGGGAGAUCAAAAGAUGAUUCAGAAUAUUCUUAGUGUAUAUUAAUUUGCUGUUGAAGGAUUGAAGUAUUCUUGGUAGCAGAUUAUCCUUUAUGGUUAAAGUAUAGGAACUGGUCCUUGUGUAUUCUUAGCUUCUGUAAGAGAAAGGCCAAUUGGAGGACUUAUUUUACAUUCAAGUUUUAGCAGUGGUUUAAAAAUCUUUUUUAAGUAAGAAAAUGAAUUUAUUUGCUCUGAUUAAAUGAAUGAAACAUGUUCAGAAUAAAACGAUAGCAGUUUCUCUUCUAAUCUAAGCAAUCUUUCAGGUCAAAGUUCACCUGCUUUAAGAGCUUCAUUAUUUGAAUAAAACGUACAACCAACACAAUAACCUUCAAGAAAAAAAUAAAAGCAAAAUGGUCUUAAUAAAUAUGACUUCUUUCCAAAUUUUUAGAUGAUUAAAUAUGUUAAUUGUCCUAUUUAUUUUAUGCAUGGCGAUUAAGACUAAAUAGUCCCUGUCUCUUAAAUGUGGCAUCUCAUCAGUAAUGUUAAAAAAUCAACUCCUUACAUUAAACAAGUAUUCUAAGGCGCUGACCAUAAUACAAUUGAAAAUGAUUAGAGAUUUAGGAAAGAGUAUUUUUAUCGAUUACGUCAGUUCCUUACAUCUGUCCAUAAUUUGCAAAAAGGUAAAUCAUAAAAUGAACUCUUAAGAGAAAUGCAAGCAAGCUAUUGGGAAAGCUUCGAGCAUCUCUACCAGUAAGAAUUAUUUUAAAUAAGUUAAGAGCCUUUAAACAGAUAAUCGAAUGUUUCUUCAAAUUAAGUAAUCAUAGAUUUAAUAGAGAAGAAUAACUACCAAUUAAAACAUAGUCCUGAGCAAACUGAAAAAAGUAGUUAAAGUAGCUUCAGUUUUAAUCCAUCUAAAAAUAAAUUUGAAAAUCAGCAAAGUUUGGGAGUAUCUGCAAAUUUGCAAGAACAACUUAAAGAGGCUGAAAAUAAAUAAAUAAUCAUAUAAAAUAAUUAACAAAACAAAUAACAAUAAUAAUAAAUUUCAUAAUAAAAUAUAAAUUAAAAAGAGAAUCCUGAAUUUGGUCUAGUUUAAGAAAGCUCAAACUAGCAAUUAAUAUUAACAGAAUAAGAAGAAACUACUUAAAAGAAUGAAUGA